AUGAUGUUGCGUGCUCGUGAUAACAACCAGAAUGCCGAGAGCCGACGGCAACCGUUGAAGCCAGUCGCCUCGAAACACAAGAAUGCGGUGGGAUCCGAUGAGCCAAAGGCUAAGAAGGCCGCUCUCGGCGAUAUUACUCAUGUAAGUCGGAUUUGAUAUUGUGUUUGUUCGGUUUUGUAGGUACAGAGGAGAAGGAGCUAUAAUGUGACAUGGUUUUGAAUAGAGGAGACAAUCAGACAAACCAUUGUUUGUACCGGACUUGAGCUGUUUUUAGAAAGCCACCGGGCCGGUCUGGCCGCUGUAAUUUCGGAAAUUUAUUACCUCGGAUCUUGAAGACCUGUGUUAAUUUGUCGACGAAAUUUCAGAUUUAUUUUGGUAAAAGGAUAUUCUUUUAGGCCCUCUCUUCAUAUCAAAUCGACUCAACCAAAAAGAAGUGUAGUUCGAUUACAUUCAACAACAAGAAGAACAAGGUUGAACGCCUACUUCCAUUGAAGGAUGUCCUGGAAGCCGAGGAAUUGGAGGUCGACCCCUGCCCAGAAGUCGACUUUGACCGAGAAAACUCACACGAUCCAAAUGCUGUCUCUGAAUUUGCCAGGGAUAUCUUCAAGUAUCUCAAGUGGAGGGAGGUAAGCUUGGUUUAUAUCGAUGGUUUGAAUGUUCAGGAUCAAGAUGAAGAACUGUUUUUGAUUGGCUCUGUUUCAGCCUCUCUUCAUCCCAGGCCCAUACAUGCAACAUCAUAAGAACGUGGACAAUAAAACACGAGCCGUCCUGGUCGAUUGGCUGAUUGAAAUCCAGGAGGCCUUCGAACAGAACCACGAGACCUUGUACAUGGCGGUGAAUCUGGUCGACAGGUUCUUCACGAAAACUCGUCGCGUUCAAAAGGAACAUCUGCAGUUGGUUGGAUGCGCUGCGAUUUUGGUUGCAGCUAAAGUUGAGGUUAGUUUUUGAAGCCGAUUUUUUGGUUGAUCAAGUAUAAUAUAAAAUUAUAUAUUUUAUUUAUUUAUUUUUCAGGAGAGAAGCGCCCCUCUCAUCGAUGACUUGAUUUAUCUGGUCAAGGAUGCCUUUGACGCCAAGAAACUAAAGAAAAUGGAGCAAGAGCUUCUGGCAACAGUUGGAUUCGACCUAUGUUCACCCUUGUCCUACUCCUUCCUCAGACGCUACGGAAGAGUCAUCAAGAGCGACAUGUCUCUCCUGACCUUGGCUCGAUACAUCCUGGAAGUUUCACUCCAUUUCCUCGACUUCUGCCGAGUGUCCCCAUCCAAAAUGGGCGCGGCGUCUCUGUUGUUGGCCCUAAGGAUGACCAAGGCUGGUGAGUGGAACAAAGUGCUUCAAAAGUACUCCGGAUACACUACCGAGGACUUGGAAUCGCUGAGCUGGGCGUUGAACCACAUGCUGGUCGUCUACAGACAAAGAUAUCCGGAGAUGAAGAUGGUGUGGGGGAAAUAUUCACAUGAGUAGGUUGUUUGGUGAUUGAAUUGGUUUUGAGAUUGGGUGGAAAGGAGGGAACGAGCUGCGGCGUGCUUGUAGAAAAAUGUGGAAAAUUUCUGGAAGAGGUCAAGGGCCGAAAGGUCCAAAAAAAAACACCCAUCUGAUUAGGGCAUAUGUCUUGAUAGAUGAUUAGAAAAUCUUGAGGUGGACUAGUCUAUGAUUUUUCUCUUCCAGAGUCUUCUUCGAAGUCGCCAAGACCCCAGCGCUGAAGGACAAGUACCCAACCGACUCCCCAAUUGGGCCCCAACCCAAAGAUCUGGCCGCCGCCGAAGGGAGGAGCGAGAAUCAACAACCUUAA